AGGCACAAGGUCUCACCCCCACCCCCAGUGCUGAGCGGGUGGGGGGUUGGUGCAGCUGGGAUCCAGAGACGUGACAGUCUUCAGCGGGCGGCUGCUCAAGCUGGCGGCCUGAUAAACAAGUGAAUUUCCGGUGACAGGUCCAACACAUUUCCAGCCAGCUCCAUUAUGGCGACCUGCAGCUCCAGCAUUGUGAUUAGUGAUGAUGAACCAGGUUAUGACCUGGAUUUAUUCUGUAUACCUAAUCAUUAUGCAGAGGAUUUGGAAAAGGUGUUUAUCCCUCAUGGACUGAUUAUGGACAGAACCGAACGGCUUGCUCGAGACGUGAUGCACGUGAUGGGAGGCCAUCACAUCGUGGCCCUCUGUGUGCUGAAGGGGGGCUAUAAGUUCUUUGCAGACCUACUGGACUACAUCAAAGUACUGAACAGAAAUAGUGACAGGUCCAUUCCUAUGACUGUAGAUUUCAUCCGACUGAAGAGCUACUGUAAUGACCAGUCAACAGGCGACAUAAAAGUGAUUGGUGGAGAUGAUCUCUCAACUCUGACUGGAAAGAAUGUCUUGAUUGUGGAAGAUAUCAUUGACACCGGCAAAACGAUGCAAGCCUUGCUUUCCCUGGUCAAGCGGCAUAAUCCAAAGAUGGUCAAGGUUGCCAGCUUGCUUGUGAAAAGGACCCCUCGAAGUGUUGGCUAUAGACCGGACUUUGUUGGAUUUGAAAUUCCAGACAAGUUUGUUGUGGGAUAUGCCCUUGACUACAAUGAACACUUCAGGGAUUUGAAUCAUGUUUGUGUCAUUAGUGAAACUGGAAAAGCAAAAUACAAAGCCUAAGAUGAGAGUUCAGUUGAAUUUGGAAACAGCUAAUGUCCCAUUGAUAUCACCAGUAAAAUUAUCAAAUGUUCUAGUUCUGUGACCAGCUCCUUAGUAGAGUUUAUUAUUGCAUGUAUCUUCUAAGAAUUGUAUCUAUUUUGUAUUUUAGAAAUAUUAGUUACUGCAUUCCUGAACUCUUUAUUUGCACUAUGAGCCUGUAAACUCAUUUCCCUUUGGGUAAAUUGUUGUUUGACUCAUGAAUAAAAAAAAUCUCUUAAACUGUA